GCGGACAUCUUUCCAAGCAGAAGACGGGCUGCGGAGAGCCGCGGCGGGGAGACGAGGCUGGAGGAGGACAGGCUGCCAUCAUGGUGAAGAGGAAGAGUUCAGAGGGCCAGGAACAGGAGAGACUCCGAGGAAUCCCACUGCCCAUCCAGAUCUUCCUGUGGAGGCAGACUAGUGCAUUUCUGAGACCCAAGCUUGGCAAGCAGUAUGAAGCAUCUUGUGUGUCAUUUGAAAGGGUUUUGGUUGAAAACAAGCUGCAUGGCCUCUCUCCUGCCCUCUCAGAAGCUAUCCAGAGCAUCUCCCGAUGGGAAUUAGUCCAAGCCGCACUUCCACAUGUUUUACAUUGUACAGCAACACUGCUUUCCAACAGAAACAAAUUAGGCCAUCAGGAUAAGCUUGGUGUUGCAGAAACUAAGCUGCUCCAUACUCUUCAUUGGAUGCUUCUAGAAGCUCCCCAGGACUGUAGUAAUGACAGGUUUAACACUGACCGGAGCUCUAGCUGGAGUGCUCGUAGUGGUGCCUUUAUCCAUCAAGAAAACCAAGCCUCUCCAGGACAGCCUAGGCAAGGUAAUACCAAUGAAGACGAUGAGAACAAUCGAAGGAAGUUCCUACAGAAUUCUAUGGCUACAGUGGAGCUCUUUGUUUUCCUUUUUGCUCCUCUAGUCCACAGGAUUAAAGAAUCUGAUCUGACUUUUCGUCUGGCAAGUGGCCUUUGCAUCUGGCAGCCAAUGUGGGAACACAGACAUCCCGAGGUUCCUGCUUUUACCACACUGGUUAAACCUAUCCGUAACAUCAUAACAGCAAAACGAAGUUCACCAUGCAACAGUCAGAACCAAAUUGUGGAUUCACCAAAGCAGGAUGCAGGAUCCAAACAGGGAUUUGAGGUUGUGUCUGAAUUAGCUCAGCUUGACUCCAUAUCACCCAGUCCACGACCUACUGCAUCCAGCUGUCAGAGGGCCAACUCUUUUGAUGGCUGUGCCACCUCUCACAUGUCACAGGAGAGAGGACCUCCUCCACUUCCAAGACCAUCUCUGGUGAUUCCACCAUGCCAAAAAUCCCGUUACGCCACAUACUUUGAUGUGGCAGUACUAAGAUGUCUGCUUCAACCCUACUGGUCAGAGGAGGGGACACAGUGGUCACUCAUGUAUUACCUUUAUCGGCUCAAACACAUGCUGGAGGAGAAACCAGAGAAGUCACCUGAACCUGAGGAGCCCCCAGUUCCGCGUCCUCGCAGUAGCUCCAUGGUGGCAGCUGCUCCUUCUCUUGUCAACACCCAUAAAACCCAGGAUAUGACCAAAUGUAAUGAAGAAGACAGAUCAUUGGGUACAGAGCCAUAUGCCAAAGUAUCUUUGACUAAUCUCCGAAGACCAGCAAUACCAGAUCUGUCCUCUGAUCUUGGGAUAAACAUCUUCAAGAAGUUUAAGAGCCGAAAAGAAGAUAGAGAACGAAAAGGAUCCAUACCAUACCACCAUCAAGGGAAGAAGCGACAGCGCAGAAUGGGGGUGCCGUUCCUACUUCAUGAGGAUCACUUGGAUGUAUCCCCAACCCGCAGUACGUUUUCCUUUGGGAGUUUUUCUGGUAUUGGAGAGGACAGGCGCACUAUUGAGAAAGGGGGCUGGCAAACCACAAUAUUAGGUAAAUUCACCAGACGUGGGAGCUCUGAGGCAGCUACAGAGAUGGAAAGUUUGAGUGCAAGACAUUCCCACUCCCAUCAUACAUUGCUAAGUGACAUUCCAGACCAUUCUAAUAGUCAUGGAGAGAACACCAAUAAAGAGGUGAGAUCUCAAAUUUCUACCAUAACCGUGGCCACAUUCAACACCACGCUGGCCUCUUUCAAUGUCGGCUACGCUGACUUCUUCACUGAACAUAUGAGAAAGCUCUGCAAUCAAGUACCCAUCCCUGAGAUUCCACAUGAACCUCUUGCCUGUGCCAAUCUGCCCCGUAGUCUUACCGAUUCCUGCAUAAACUACAGCAGCCUUGAAGACACAGAUCACAUAGAUGGCACCAACAACUUUGUCCACAAGAACGGAAUGCUGGAUCUAGCUGUUGUUCUAAAAGCAGUUUACCUUGUUUUGAAUCAUGAUAUCAGCUCUCGUAUCUGUGAUGUAGCCCUGAAUAUUGUAGACUGCCUGCUGCAGCUUGGGGUAGUGCCGUGUGUGGAAAAAAAGAGGAAGAAGAGUGAAAACAAGGAGAAUGAAUCAUCUACUGUUUCAGGAUCAGCCUCAGUUGCUGCAGAGAAGAGGCAAAGCGAUGGAAACUUCCAAAAAGUGUCAGCCCGUGGAUCUAGCUGUGGUUUUGGGGUCCCUUCAGCUGGUAGUGGUGGAGCAAGUAGUGGAGGAGGAGGAGGUAGUGGUAGUGGAGGAGGCGGUGGCGGUGAUGAUGGAAGUGGUGAUCAAUAUUUUGAAAAGAAUGAGAAAAGCACGGAAAAGGAUGAGGACAUUUCAGUCACUACUCACAAGUUGGCACUCACAAUGCUGAUCAAACUGGUGAAAUCAUUGGGCUGUGCAUAUGGUUGUGGUGAGGGACAUCGAGGGUUAUCUGGAGAUCGCCUUAGGAACCAGGCUCAAAACUGCCUUACCAAACUAUAUAAAUUGGACAAAGUCCAGUUUCGGCAAACAAUGAAAGACUAUGUAAACAAAGACUCAUUAAAUAAUGUAGUGGACUUUCUUCACGCUCUUUUGGGAUUCUGUAUGGAGCCUGUUACUGACAACAGAGCUGGGUUUGGGAAUAAUUUUGCCACAAUGGACAACAAGUCUACAGCUCAGGGUGUGGAGGGUAUCAUUGUGAGUUCAAUGUUUAAGUCUCUAAUCACACGCUGUGCUUCUACAACGCAUGAACUGCAUAGCCCUGAGAAUCUGGGUCUGUACUGUGACAUUCGACAACUGGUACAAUUCAUUAAAGAAGCUCACGGCAAUGUGUUUCGGCGCGUGGCCCUCAGCGCCUUGCUGGACAGUGCUGAGAAGCUAACACCAGGGAGGAAGUCUGAUGAUUCACAAGAACCAAGACCUUCAAGAAGCAAAAGACCAGAAGAAGGGAGCGCUCCUGAAAAGGGUCGGGUGUCCUAUGCGCCCGAGGAGUGCCGAAGUUACAUCUCUAGCCACCCCCCACAGACUCCAGAGCAUGAUGAACAAAUGCAGGGGGCGGGGCUGGGACGCAAGGAUUUUUGGCGCAAGAUGUUCAAAUCACAGAGUGCAGCCAGUGAUACCAGCAGCCAAUCAGAACCAGACACUUCGGAGUGCACUACAGCUCAUUCUGGCACUACCAAUGAGAGACGCUCACGAUCCAGGUCUCGCAGGAUAUCCCUCCGCAAAAAACUGAGGUUGCCACUGGGCAACUGGUUGAAGCGCUCCUCGCUUUCUGGGCUGACUGACAAUGUUGAAGAUCUUUUGGACAUAAGCUCUGUGGAUCGGCUUUCGUUUAUCAGGCAGAGCUCUAAGGUGAAAUUCACUAGUGCUGUAAAGCUGUCUGAAGCUGGGCCAGGAUCAGGAAUGGAUGGCGGGCGAGAUGAAGAAGAAAAUUUUUUCAAGCGUCUUGGAUGUCACAACUAUGAUGACCAUGGCACAGCUAAUCAGGAGGCUGGGAAAAGUAAAAAUGUGGUGAAUCUGGGAGCCAUAAGGCAAGGCAUGAAGCGAUUCCAGUUCCUCCUCAACUGCUGUGAACCAGGGACUAUUCCUGAUGCCUCCAUUCUGGCUGCCGCUUUAGAUUUGGAGGCUCCUGUGGUGGCAAGAGCUGCUCUGUUCCUGGAGUGUGCACGAUUUGUGCAUCGGUGUAAUCGUGGAAACUGGCCAGAAUGGAUGAAAGGACAUCAUGUUAACAUUGCCAAAAAAGGCCUUUCUCGUGGUCGCUCUCCUAUAGUGGGAAACAAACGCAAUCAGAAGCUGCAAUGGAAUGCAGCCAAGCUCUUCUACCAGUGGGGAGAUGUAAUAGGUGCCCGUCUUAAUGAGGUUUGUCACAGCGAAAGUGAAAGUCCAGCCAAUCUGCUAGGUCUUAUCUAUGAUGAAGAAACCAAGAGAAGGCUGAGAAAAGAGGAUGAGGAAGAAGACUUUUUAGAUGACAGUUCCGUAAACCCUACAAAGUGCGGCUGUCCUUUUGCUCUGAAGAUGUCUGCAUGUCAGCUACUCCUGGAGAUCACCACUUUCUUAAGGGAAACAUUCCCAUGCUUGCCCAGGCCUAGGGCUGAGCCUCUUGUGGAUCUGGAGACUUGUCGACUUCGCCUGGAUCCAGAGAUGGACCGGCACAGAUAUGAAAGGAAAAUAAGUUUUGCUGGAAUCCUUGAUGAAAACGAAGAUUCUAAAGACUCUCUACACAGUAGCAGCCACACCCUGAAGUCAGACACAGGAUAUGAAGAAAAGAAAGUUACCAGCAGGAAGAUCAGGAUAGGAGGCUCCCGCCUGCUCCAGAUAAAAGGAACCCGCAGUUUCCGGGUGAAGAAAGGGGGCUCCCUGUCCAGCAUUCGCCGGGCCGGCAGCCUAAAGAGCACCAAACUUACACGGCAGGACUCAGGGUCCGAGAAUGAGGACAUCCAGCUGUCACAGAGCAGGGACACUGUAACUGACAUAGAAGGGAGCCCUUGGAGCACUAGUGAACCCAGUAUUGAACCAGAUGGAGGCAACAUUGGCAGUGAAGAAAGUUAUCAUCGUAACAUGUCUUGGUUGCACGUUAUGAUCCUUUUAUGCAACCAACAAAGCUUCAUUUGCACCCAUGUGGACUAUUGCCACCCACACUGCUACCUUCAUCACAGUCGCUCAUGUGCUCGGCUGGUCAGAGCUCUCAAGUUGCUCUAUGGAGACACAAUAGAUUCGCUCAAAGAAGAUCAUCUGGGCUGUGGAUCUGGUCUUAGAGGCAAAAAAUUUAAAGAGUGCUCAGAUAAAUCUUCCCUGCGAACCCCAUCACUGAAGAAGAGAGUUACCGAAGCCAACCUAGAAGGAAAGAAGGACAGCGCUAUGCUGAAGUUUAUAAGGCACCAGGUUAUGAGUUUGUCCCCAGCUCCCCUAUCAUUGCUGAUUAAAGCAGCUCCAAUCUUAACAGAGGAAAUGUAUGGGGACAUCCAACCAGCGGCUUGGGAGCUGCUUCUAAGUGUGGAUGAACACAUGGCUGGAGCAGCGGCUGCCAUGUUCUUACUUUGUGCUGUCAAGGUACCAGAUGCAGUCUCUGAGAUGUUAACAUCAGAAUUCCAGCACCCAGAAACAGGGCAGAGGCUGAAUGCUAUUCUAAAGUUCCACACACUCUGGAGGUUCAGAUAUCAAGUCUGGCCAAGAAUGGAAGAGGGAGCCCAACAGAUCUAUAAGAUCCCUCCUCCCAGCAUAAACUUUACUUUACCCUCUCCCAUCUUGGGUAUGCCAUCAGUACCAAUGUUUGAUCCGCCCUGGGUUCCACAGAGUAGUGGAAGCGUACAGGACCCAAUUAGUGAGGACCAGUCUAAAUCAUUCUCUGCUCGUGCUGUGUCCCGAUCCCACCAGAGGGCUGAACAUAUUCUCAAGAACCUACAACAAGAAGAAGAGAAGAAGAGGUUGGGGAGGGAGGCUAGUCUGAUCACUGCAAUACCGGUCACACAGGAGGCUUGCUAUGAACCAACAUGUUCUCCUAGCUCAGAACAGGAGGAGGAAGUAGAAGAAGCCACCAACCUGAAUUCCCGUCGCCUCUCAGUGAGUCCAUCCUGCACCUCAAGCACGUCUCACCGUAACUACUCUUUCCGCCGUGGCUCUGUGUGGUCAAUGCGCUCUGCAGUCAGCGCUGAAGAUGAGGAACAUGGUACAGAGCAUAACGCAAAUCAUCAUGUGUCUCAGCCACCACAACCUGUGUUCCCAGCGUGCAUCUGUGCUGCUGUCCUUCCGAUUGUUCACCUCAUGGAGGACGGAGAUGUUCGUGAAGAUGGUGUGGCAGUGAGUGCAGUAGCCCAACAAGUGCUCUGGAACUGUUUGAUUGAGGACCCAUCCACUGUCCUAAGACACUUCUUAGAGAAACUCACCAUCAGCAACCGACAGGAUGAGCUUAUUUAUAUGUUGAGGAAAUUGCUUCUGAACAUUGGAGAUUUUCCUGCACAAACAUCACACAUAUUGUUCAACUAUCUGGUGGGCCUUAUUAUGUACUUUGUCCGCACACCAUGUGAAUGGGGAAUGGAUGCCAUUUCAGCAACCCUUACCUUCUUAUGGGAAGUGGUAGGAUAUGUGGAAGGUCUUUUCUUUAAAGACUUGAAGCAAACGAUGAAGAAAGAGCAAUGUGAGGUGAAGUUGCUAGUAACAGCCUCUAUGCCAGGAACAAAGACACUAGUGGUUCAUGGCCAGAAUGAGUGUGAUAUCCCAACCCAGCUGCCAGUUCACGAGGAUACACAAUUUGAGGCACUGCUAAAGGAAUGUCUAGAGUUUUUCAACAUAGCUGAUUCACAGGCUGCAAAUUACUUCCUUAUGGAUAAACGAUGGAAUCUGACACAUUAUAAUAAGACUUACGUACGUGACAUUUAUCCAUUUCGGAGGUCAGUUUCUCCACAAUUGAACCUGGUGCAUAUGUCCCCUGAGAAAGGGCAAGAACUGAUUCAGAAGCAGGUGUUUACUAGAAAACUCGAGGAAGUUGGAAGAGUUCUAUUCCUAAUAUCCCUAACACAAAAAAUCCCUCCUGCUCAUAAGCAAUCUCAUGUAUCCAUGCUUCAAGAAGAUCUUUUACGUCUACCUUCUUUUCCAAGAAGUGCGGUUGAUGCAGAGUUUUCACUUUUUAGUGAUCCACAAGGUGGCAAAGAGCUGUUUGGCAUGGAUACAUUACAUAAAAGCCUGUGGAUAAAGCUGCUGGAGGAGAUGUUCUUGGGCAUGCCCAGUGAAUUUCCUUGGGGAGAUGAGAUAAUGCUUUUCCUUAAUGUCUUUAAUGGUGCUUUAAUUCUUCACCCAGAGGACAGUGCCCUUCUCCGGCAAUAUGCAGCUACUUGUAUCAACACAGCUGUACAUUUCAACCAUCUCUUUUCAUUGAGUGGGUACCAGUGGAUUCUGCCCACUAUGCUCCAGGUAUAUGCUGACUAUGAAAGUAAUCCUCAACUUCGCAAAGCUAUUGAGUUUACCUGCAGACAGUUCUACGUACUGCAUCGUAAGCCAUUCGUGCUUCAAUUGUUUGCCAGUGUUGCACCUCUCCUUGAUCUUCCGGAUGGUGUAAGCAGUGGCUCUUCUGGCAAAGGUGUGUCUUCUCAGUGCUUGUUUGACCUUCUCCAGUCUUUGGAGGGAGAGAAACCUGAUAAUCUAGAUAUCCUAGAACUUGUGAAAGCCGAGCGUCCCCUUAAAUCAUUAGAUUUCUGUUAUGGCAAUGAAGACAUGGCAUUCUCCAUCAGUGAGUGCAUAAAGCUGUGUGUAACAGUAGUAGCCUAUGCUCCAGAGUCAUUUCGCAGCCUCCAGAUGUUGAUGGUGCUGGAAGCCUUGGUUCCCUGCUAUUUGCAGAAGUUAAAACGGCAGACAACACAGUUGGAGACAGUGUCAGUGGCUCGUGAAGAAAUUGCUGCCACUGCUGCCUUGGCCACAUCACUUCAGGCUCUUCUUUAUAGUGUAGAAGCUUUAACAAGGCCCAUGACAGCACCCCAGAUGAGCCGAGGUGAUCAAGGCCACAAAGGAGCCACAACAGCAAAUCACACUAUGUCAGCUGGGGUCAACUUGAGAGAUAAUCUUCACCUGCUAGAAGAAGGUCAGGGACUACCCAGGGAAGAACUGGAUGAGCGGAUUGCUCGAGAAGAGUUUCGGAGGCCACGGGAGUCUCUGCUCAACAUCUGCACAGAGUUCUAUAAACACUGUGGUCCUAGGCUGAAAAUUCUGCAAAACCUGCUUGGAGAACCACGUGUGACUUCUCUGGAACUCCUGGAUGUGAAGUCACAUAUGAGGUUGGCAGAAAUUGCCCAUUCACUCCUGAAACUGGCACCUUAUGACACCCAGACUAUGGAGAGCAGGGGUCUCAAGCGAUACAUCAUGGAAAUGUUGCCCAUCACAGAUUGGACAGCAGAAGCAGUGCGACCAGCCCUUAUCCUCAUCUUAAAGAGACUGGAUCGUAUGUUCAAUAAAAUACACAAAAUGCCAACUUUAAGGCGACAGGUUGAGUGGGAGCCUGCCAGCAAUUUGAUAGAAGGGGUUUGUUUGACACUUCAGAGGCAGCCAAUCAUAUCCUUCCUGCCUCACCUUAGGUCACUAAUCAAUGUGUGUGUGAAUUUGGUAAUGGGGGUUGUGGGGCCCUCUAGUGUUGCAGAUGGAUUACCUCUCCUCCAUCUUAGCCCAUACCUUUCCCCUCCUCUACCCUUCAGUACAGCGGUUGUAAGGCUGGUAGCAAUGCAGAUACAGGCUUUAAAGGAGGAUUUUCCCUUGAGUCAUGUGAUCUCACCUUUCACUAAUUUGGAAAGACGAGAGGGGAUGCUGCUCAACCUGCUCAUUCCUUUUGUAUUGACAGUUGGAUCAGGAAGCAAAGAUAGCCCCUGUCUGGAGCAGCCUGAAGUCUUUUUGCUGUUGCAGACUGUGAUCAAUAUUCUGCUGCCUCCACGUAUCAUAAGCACUUCCCGUAGCAAAAACUUCAUGCUGGAAAGUUCACCUGCACACUGUUCUACUCCUGGUGAUGCUGGGAAAGAUCUUCGAAGGGAAGGAUUGGCAGAUUCUACCAGUCAAGCUGCUUAUCUUGCUCUGAAGGUUAUUUUGGUCUGCUUUGAACGCCAGCUGGGAAGUGAAUGGUAUCAACUAAGCCUGCAAGUUAAAGAGAUGGCUUUGAGAAAGGUGGGGGGAUUGGCUCUUUGGGACUUCCUUGAUUUCAUUGUAAGAACUCGGAUCCCGAUAUUUGUUCUUCUUAGGCCUUUCAUCCAGUGUAAGUUGCUAGCACAGCCAGCAGAGACUCAGGAAGAGCUGAGCGCACGGCAGCACAUAGCAGACCAGCUGGAGAGGCGUUUCAUCCCAAGACCUCUGUGCAAGAGCUCCCUUAUAAAUGAGUUUAAUAAUGAGUUGAAGAUCCUGAAGGAGGCAGUUCAUAGUGGGUCAGCAUAUCAAGGGAAGACAUCCAUCAGCACGGUUGGGACCUCCACCUCUGCUUACCGUUUGAGCUUGGCCACUAUGUCUCGCUCUAACACAGGAACUGGAACAGUGUGGGAACAGGACAGCGAACACUCACAGCAAGCCUCACAGGACACACUCAGUCGCACUGAUGAAGAGGAGGAAGAAAAUGACUCUGUGAGCAUGCCCAGUGUGGUAAGUGAACAGGAUGUGUACCUCUUGAGUGCCAUUGGUAGAAGACGUUUCUCCAGUCACGCAUCCAUGUCUGUUCCCCAGGCUGAGGGUGGCAUGCUUCCCAGCCAAAGCGAACCUAAUGUUCUUGACGACUCCCAUGGGCGUGGUGGCGAGAUCAGCCUGUCUAGGGUAGCAAGUGUGCAGAGUGAGCCUGGUCACCAGAAUCUUCUCCUUCAGCCACCUUUGGGGAGGAAGAAAGGACUUAGGCAGCUACGAAGGCCUUUACUUUCACGUCAGAAAACACAAACUGAACCAAGAAGUCGCCAUGGGGCUAGACUCUCAACUACUCGUAGGAGCAUACAACCUCGAGCCAAGCAGAUACGAGAGGAAGAUCAAAAAGCAGCAGAUCAGAAGAGAUCUGUAACCUUUACUGAAACACAGCCUCAGCCCUCCACAUCUCAUGCUGAGGUGCCCCCCAUCGCUCCACGCUCCGGCUGCAGCCCUGCACCAUCCAUCAAACAGACAUCUGCAGAGAGCCCUGUACUCACCUCGUCUCCAUCCAUCACUGUAGCUGACCUUCACAGCCAGACUGACAGCCAGAGAAGGGGCCACUUCCUGGUGAAGCAGGACUCAGAAUCCAGUCGGGGAGCAGCAGCCCCAUUUCUCCACAGCUCACCAACCUCCCAUCUUUCGGAUCCUGAAGACUUUGCUGGCCUGGAAACUAGUAGCCUUCUUCAGUACACAGAUACUAUUCUUCAUAUCAGUGAGGACAAUGGCACGGAGAACCCGCUAGUGUCAGGACACUUUAAUUUCACACAGAUCGAGCUGGGGGAGACAGAUAUUGACUUGGAUGAAUCUCAUGUUUAGAUUUGAGAUCUAGUCAGCUGCUCAAGUUCUGUUAUUUUUGGUUUUGUUCUCACCCAUGCCUGUAGAAUCUGUGUACAGUCCUUGUACUCCCUCCUUUGUAAUGCAGUCUUGUUUGCUCUGGAGGGUGUGCAUACAUAUGCUGCUGAUUUGACCUUGCUGCUUUUCUUUAGGAAAAAAUAGUUUGAUAUUAUUAAUUAAGGUUUAUAGGUGGAUAUGGCAGUGUGAUUGCUGUACUUUUAUAUUUGCCACACAUUGACCACAAUUUGAUCUGCAGUUGAUUACAUUUCAUUAUACAUAUAUACUUAAUGACACAGAGACCAUGGCUUGCAAGACUUUUGUGCAAUGUAUAAUAAAACAUGUAAUCAACAUAGAAACAGAAUUCCUCAUGUAAAAGCUUACCAAAGCAUCCUAUUGGUUUUGUGAACUGGAGGUUCAAUUAGGAACACAUUUCAUGGACCCACCAAAAGACAUGAUCUGGGUCAAAUUUCUACAUUUAUGAUCCAGGGGCCAGAUUCAUGUACCUGCGCUGCGGCGUAACGUAACUCAUUUACGUUACACCGCUGCAACCUUUCAGU